AGGGCAGUCAUGAAAGCGCAUAAAGAAUCACAAUUGCUCAUAUGUGUAUGUUUGUUUGUGUUCUAUAUCUCUUCCCUUAUGUCUUCAACAGGUCCCUUCUAUUGUACAUUACAGAGAAAUUUUAAUCUGGAUGGAAUGCACAAGUUUGGGGAUGUUAUUCUUGGUGCAAUCUUUGAGAUGAACUUUUUCACUGCAUUUUCUGAACUGUAUUUUACUUCAGAGCCGAAUGAUCCCAUCUGCCAUGGCUUUGAUAUUCUAGGUUUCAGACAAGCCCAGACCAUGGCCUUUGCUGUUGAUGAAAUUAACAGGAACUCCAAACUUCUUCCUAACAUAUCAUUGGGAUACAGUCUUUAUGAUAGCUGCAGCGAUCUAGGAAUCUCAUUCCGUGCAGCUCUGUCUAUGACCAGUGGCAGAGGAGAGCCGUUUCAAUUAAAUGAGAGCUGUUAUGGUUAUCCUCCUGUGUUAGCUAUUGUGGGAGAUUCUUCCUCAACGCGUUCUAUUGCCAUUUCUAGUAUAGUAAGCUUGUACAGGCUACCAAUGGUCAGUUAUUUUUCCACUUGUUCGUGUCUGAGUGACAGGAUGCAGUUCCCGUCAUUCUUUAGAACUAUUCCAAGUGACGCAUUUCAGGUGCGAGCUAUGCUCCAGAUUCUGAGGAGGUUUGGCUGGACCUGGAUUGGCCUGCUGAUCAGUGAUGACGACUACGGACGCCACGCCGCCCAUUCAUUCCAGUCAGACCUUGCCCAGUCUGGUGGAGGCUGCCUGGCUUAUCUAGAGGUUCUGCCAUGGGAAAAGAAUGUAGCUGCACUGCAGAGGAUCGUUGGAAUAAUGAAGAAAUCAACAUCCCGUGUGGUUAUUGUUUUCGCACCUGAGAGCAACAUGCUUAAUCUCAUGGAAGAGGUGGUGAAGCAGAAUUUAACAGGACUACAGUGGAUGGCAAGUGAAGCCUGGACUGCAGCCAAAGUGCUCCAUACUCCCAGCUACAUGCCUUUCCUAGCAGGCACUCUGGGCAUUGCCAUCCGCCGGGGAGAAAUACCAGGCCUCAGGAACUUUCUACUGACAAUACGCCCUGAAACAAUUGGCAGCCAGGACAGUCCAUUAGUCAAGAGGUUCUGGGAGAACGUAUUUCAAUGUAAGUUUACAUCCCCUCAAGGAGAGUUAUUGGAUGGGUCCGCUUCGGAAAGUCUAUGUACAGGGAAUGAGGUUCUUGGGAACAUAGAGACUGAAUUCCUGGACCUGUCUAACCUCAGGUCAGAAUAUAAUGUGUACAAGGCCGUAUAUGCCCUGGCACAUGCCCUUCAGGACAUGCUACAAUGUGUUCCAGGGAGCGGGCCUUUCAAAGGUCAAAGCUGUGCCAAUUUACAAAGAAUAGCCCCAUGGCAGCUUUUAUAUUACCUGGGAAGGGUCAAUUUCACUACAAAUUUUGGUGAUCAAGUGUCAUUUGAUGAGAAUGGGGAUGCUUUACCAAUCUAUGAUGUGAUGAACUGGAUGUGGCACCCAGAUGGAAGCACCGAGGUUAAAAAUAUGGGAGAGGUCAAAGAAUUGGCGUCUAAAGUCGAUCAUCUUAUCCUUGAUGAAGAUAAAAUCUUUUGGAAUUUUGAAUCAAAAAAGCCACCCAAGUCAGUGUGUAGUGAGAGGUGUCCCCCAGGCACCCGCAUGGCCAGGAAGAAAGGUGAACCUGUCUGCUGCUUCGACUGCAUCCCUUGUUCAGAAGGAAAAGUUAGCAAUGGGACAGAUUCAACAGAAUGUAUCAGCUGUCCAGAUGAUUUUUGGUCCAGCCCCCAACAUGAUCACUGCGUUCCUAAAAGCAUGGAAUUUCUCUCCUACCUGGAACCCCUGGGCAUCUCCCUGACCACGGCUUCAUUAUCUGGUGCACUUUUAUGCACUGUUGUUAUUGGAGUCUUCACCUAUCACCGUACCACGCCAGUGGUCAGUUAUUUUGCCACUUGUUCCUGUCUGAGUGACAGGAGGCAGUUCCCAUCAUUUUUUAGAACUAUUCCAAGUGACGCAUUUCAGGUGGUAAGGCAGAAUGUUACAGGCCUUCAAUGGAUGGCCAGUGAAGCCUGGUCUACAGCCAUUGUUCUUCAGACCCCCAGCUACAUGCCUUUUCUUGCAGGCACUCUGGGCAUUGCCAUCCGCCGGGGAGAGAUACCAGGCCUCAGGGACUUUCUACUGAGAAUACGCCCUGACAAGGACACACUCAGCAACCAGGACAACAAUUUAGUCAAGCAGUUUUGGGAGCACAUAUUUCAGUGCAAAUUUGUAUCCCCUGGCUUGGAAUUUGAAAGGCAGACUCAAGAAAGACUGUGUACAGGGAAUGAGGUUUUAAGGAAUAUAGAGAAUGAAUUCCUGGAUCUUUCUAACCUCAGGCCAGAGUACAAUGUGUACAAGGCGGUAUAUGCCCUGGCACAUGCCCUACAUGACCUUCUGCAGUAUGUUCCAGGAAGUGGGCUAUUCAAAGGUCAAAGCUCAGCCAGUCUACAGGGACUAGAGUCAUGGCAGCUUUUACAUCACUUGCAAAGAGUCAAUUUCACAACUGAUUUUGGUGAUCACGUGUCAUUUGAUGAGAAUGGUGAUGCUUUACCAAUCUAUGAUGUGAUGAACUGGAGGUGGCUCCCAGAUGGAGGUACAGAGGUUACAAAUGUGGGAGAGGUUAAAGAAAUUACCUCCAAAAUCGAUAAUCUCAUUCUUGAGGAAGACAAAAUAUUUUGGAAUUUUGAAUCUAAAAAGCCUCCAAAGUCAGUGUGUAGUGAGAGCUGUCCCCCAGGUACCCGCAUGGGCAGGAAGAAGGGCGAACCGGUCUGCUGCUUUGACUGCAUUCCUUGUUCAGAAGGAAUGGUUAGCAAUGAGACAGAUUCAACGGAAUGUACCAGCUGUCAUGAGGAUUUUUGGUCCAACUCCAAACAUGAUCAUUGUGAACCAAAAAGCAUGGAAUUUCUGUCUUAUACGGAACCCCUUGGAAUCUCCCUGACCACUGCCUCAUUAUUUGGAGCACUUUUAUGCACUAUUGUUUUGGGAAUCUUCACCCAUCAUCGUACAACGCCAGUGGUUAGGGCCAACAACUCAGAGCUUAGCUUCCUCAUUCUGCUGUCACUCAAAUUAUGCUUCUUGUGCUCAUUACUUUUCAUUGGUCACCCAAGGCUGUCGACCUGUCAGUUGAGGCAUGCAGCGUUUGGGAUCAGCUUUGUGCUUUGUGUCUCGUGUAUCCUGGUAAAGACCAUGGUAGUUCUGGCGGUUUUCAAGGCUUCCAAACCAGGUGGUGGUGGCAUUCUUAAGUGGUUUGGGGUAAUGCAACAGAGAGGGACUGUUUUAUUUCUUACUUUAAUACAAGCAGCAAUUUGCACAACCUGGCUUGUGUCUUCCUCACCAACUCCUCGUAAAAACACACAGUACCACAAUGACAAGAUAAUAGUUGAGUGUGAAGUGGGGUCGAAAAUUGGAUUUGGAUUAUUAUUAAGCUAUAUUGGCUUACUGGCUAUUCUCAGUUUCUUGCUUGCUUUCUUUGCACGGAAUCUACCAGAUAACUUCAACGAGGCCAAGUUUAUCACCUUCAGCAUGUUGGUCUUCUGUGCUGUUUGGAUAGCCUUCAUUCCAGCUUAUAUCAACUCUCCUGGAAAAUAUGCAGAUGCUGUAGAGGUAUUUGCCAUUCUAGCUUCCAGUUUUGGGCUGUUACUGGCACUAUUUGGACCAAAGUGUUACAUAAUUAUCCUUAAGCCUGAGAAAAACACAAAACAAGCUUUAAUGGGACGAGGCUCACCAAGAUCAUGA